AUGUUUUUGAUAUCAAAAAUAGUACGCGGCAGGAGGUUGUUGCAAGAACUUGAAGCUGAGACUGAAAAAAAAGCGGCACAGGAAGCAGCUGUAACAGAAGCCUCAACCGCGGUUCUUCGACAAAAUGUACUAGCAACCCGGGUGGAAAAAUCCGUGGGCGAGACAUCCCAGUCUAAAGCGGGACCAUCUAAUGUUAAUACAACAUAUGCAACAGCUUCGCCAUCAUCUCGCAGGUCUCAUUUUUAUUUUCAUAUUUUGCAUUUCAGUCAUUCUUGA